GGUAACACCAAUGCAUCUUGGGAUAAAGAAGGUGCCAUCGCAGAUAAGUCUUUGGACGUGAGAUGAAUUUUCUUCUCCGCAAUUUUUCUAUUACCGCUUUGAAAAAAUAAUAGUGCGGGUGAAAAAAAAAACCCAUCAUAAAAGCUUACACUGAGGUCGUGUGAGUGCGGAAGCUGUAAGAAAUAUGGGGGCUGACAAAAGGAUUAGUCGAACAGAACGUAGCGGUAGAUAUGGUUCUGACCAGUGCCGUGAUGAGUCUGAGUGGCGCGACAGACGUGAGCGAGACCAAGAACGUGGUGAACACAACAUGCGCCGCUGGGGUGACGAGAGACGUGGUGAUCGUUAUGAAGGAGAUCGCAGAGGAUCACGAGAAAGCCCAGAGCAAAGGGAGAGGAAGCGUCGUAACAGUGAUAGAUCAGAAGAUGGUUAUCACUCAGAUGGUGACUACCAAGAGCAGGACUAUCGAAGGGAACCAGGGGACGAGAAGAAGAGCAAGACCAUCAUGCUGGGGGGUCUGUCUCCUCAUGUCACUGAGGAUGAUAUUCGUUUUGCCAUUGACCAACUUGAGGGACCCCAGCCAGUGGAUGUCAGGCUGAUGAAAAAGAGAACAGGUAUAAGCCGUGGUUUCGCCUUCGUGGACUUUUAUCACUUGCAAGAUGCUACACGAUGGAUGGAGACCAAUCAGAAACGUCUGACCAUCCAAGGAAAAACCGUAGACAUGCACUACAGUCACCCCAGAAACAAGUAUGAAGACUGGCUCUGCAGCACAUGUGGCCUGUACAAUUUCCGGAGGAGGCUGAAGUGCUUCAGGUGUGGAGCAGCCAAAGCUGAAAGUGAAGCGACCAAUAACACUGGAGUUCCUGAAACUCAACCCAGCGGAGAUUUCUAUGGCGAUACAAUCAUCCUUAGAAAUAUUGCUCCUAUGACCACAGUGGAAGCCAUCAUGACUGCCCUGGCACCAUAUGCCAAUCUAUCAUCCAACAACAUUCGUCUUAUUAAGGACAAGCAAACGGGCCAGAACAGAGGCUUUGCCUUUGUGCAGCUGUCUUCACCUCUGGAAGCAUCUCAACUGCUAACAAUCCUUCAAGGACUGCAGCCUCCCUUAAAACUAGAUGGAAAAACAAUUGGGGUGGAUUAUGCCAAGAGUGCUAGAAAGGACCUUUUACUCCCUGAUGGAAAUCGUGUCAGUGCCUUCUCUGUGGCCAGCACAGCUAUCGCUGCAGCCCAGUGGUCCUCAAGUCAGCCACAGCAGAGCUCAGAGGGAAUGUCAGAGUACAGCUACCUACAGGAAGGUUAUACUCCCAUGUCCCAGGAUUAUCAGACAUACUACCAGCAAGGAGCAGCAAUCAGCACCUCUCAGGGAAAUGGAAUUCUAGGAGCUGCCCCGGGUGUAAAGAUUGUUCCAACUGCAGUUGGAGUUGUGAUAUCACAGAACGCACAAGUCUACCAACCCCAUAUAAUUGCACAGCCUGCUGUGCAGGCAUUGCCACUUGCCCAACAGUUGGAGGCAAAACCCCAGGCUGGACACAUUUCAGGAAUUGAAGCUGCUUCUUUGCCAGCUGCUGCUUUAGCAGCUGCCACUGUUACCACUGCGGGGACAUUAACAGCCUCUGAACAGGCGGCGGACACCAACAUUGCUGUUCCUGAUACAUCCACCUAUCAAUAUGAUGAGUCUUCUGGCUACUAUUACGAUCCUCAGACUGGCCUCUACUAUGACCCAAAUACACAGUAUUACUACAAUUCUCAGACGCAGCAGUUUCUUUACUGGGACAGUGAGAAGCAGACAUACGUACCUGCCAGCACAGGCACUGGACAAAAUGAUGGCAAAACAGGUGGUUCUGCAGCAACAGGCACCAAAGAACCGAAAGAGGGCAAGGAGAAAAAAGAGAAGCCCAAAAGCAAGACAGCUCAGCAGAUUGCUAAGGACAUGGAACGGUGGGCUAAAAGUCUCAACAAGCAAAAGGAAAACUUCAGAAGUAGCUUUCAGCCUAUUAGUCAAGAAGAAAGAAAGGAGGCAGCAGCUGCUGAUGCUGGAUACACAUUGUUUGAAAAGAAGCAGGUAAGUCUAGACAGACUCAUCCCAGAGAUGCUAAGGGCCCCUGAAGAAGAGCCAUCAACCACCUCAGUCACCUCUUCAAAGUGUGGCCUUGUGGCUGCCUACAGUGGAGACAGUGACCCUGAGGAGGGAGGAGCAGAACCUGAUGGUGGUGAUAUAAGCCAGGACAAGCUGACAGACUGGAAAAAAUUAGCAUGCUUACUGUGUAGGAGACAGUUUCCCAAUAAAGAGAGUCUAAUCCGACAUCAGCAACUCUCAGACCUUCACAAGAAAAACCUGGAAGUUCUUCGCAGAUCCAAAAUGAGUGAAGCAGAGCUGGAAGAGCUGGAGAGAAAAGAGACUGAGAUGAAAUAUAGGGACAGGGCAGCCGAGAGAAGAGAAAAAUAUGGCAUCCCUGAACCGCCUGUGCCUAAAAAGAAGAAAUUUAACCAACCAGCGCCAGCAAUUAACUAUGAACAGCCCACUAAAGAUGGCCUCAACAGUGACAAUAUUGGGAACAAGAUGUUGCAGGCAAUGGGCUGGAAGGAGGGGAAAGGUCUUGGCCGCAACCAGCAGGGCAUCACAGCACCAAUUGAGGCUCAGUUAAGAACAAAGGGAGCUGGACUCGGCACUAAAGGAACCAACUACACCCUCUCUCCUUCAGACACCUACAAAGAUGCAGUCCGCAAAGCCAUGUUUGCUCGCUUCACUGAGCUGGAAUGAGUCAUUAGUCUGAAGCAAAAGUGACUUCUUGAAAUGGCCUGCCAACAAUCUGCUUCUUUUUGGUGUGGAGCUCCACUGUGUCUGCGUCACGAGAAGCUAAAGAGACGUUCCUAACGGUAUCAGUCCAGUCUGUGAUCCAUAAAAACUAUACCUCUUACUCUAAACCAGUCAAUGAAGAAAAAAUCUGUUGUAGGAAUAAUGACAUAGUUAAUAUAAUUUAUAAAUUGUACAUAUGCACAGUGAAUUUACAUUGCUGGUUUUCAGAUUUCUUUUAUAGUCAUUCAAUGUUAUGACAACUUUUUCUUUAAGUCUGAGCAUGUUUAAAUGAUUGUACAGUUUAUACAAAAUCUGGAUUAUUUGUACAGAAAUAAACGUGUGGCGUUAUUUUUCUCUGGUCUUCAUUAUGUUUGAUAACAUACGGCAGCUUUUCUUAAUGUAAAUUCUGAGUGUUUUCAGCAGUUAAAUUCAGAAAUAUUGCGGUGAGAUCUAUAUGUGCACCGCUAAUUCCAGAAUCUCACUGCUAAUAAAAUCAGCUGAAUAUGCAGUGGGAGCACUUGGCUGUAGAGAAGGCACAUUUUCACGUGUAGAGAAAAACCUUAGAUGACAAAAGCUGCUCUUUUGUCUGAUUUUUGGUGCUAAAUUAAGCAUUGCAAUCUGAGCAGUGGCUUCCUGUGAAACUUAAAGCUGUUCUCUGUAGUUCGGAAUUGUGGAAAUAGCAGUAACCAGCCUGUGACAGCAAAAAUCUGAAAUUACAUUUUUCCUUCUUUUGUAGAGGGUUUUUUUUUUUUUUUUUUUUUUUUAAAACUUAUUCCAAAUCAUUAUUUUGUCAGGGGAAAAAUAUUGAUGUGACAAUUCAACCACAUGAAUUAAAUGCAAUCGUAUUUGCGCACAAACUGAUACUGAUACAAUACCACCUUACUCUGGAUAUACCCAUGGUUCCCUAAAAAUGCCACAAUGCUUUGUGUUAUUUCAGUGUUUCAUAAUCCUUGAUAUACCUGGGAAGCUUCAUUUUUUUUUUUUUUUUUCUCAUUUGAAGAAUUUUUCCUGGUUGUCAAAACUGAAAUUCAGUGUUCCUUUUUGUUUGGACAAUAUGAAAUAAAAUUCUCCAAGUCAAAUAUAGUAAAAUAAAAAAUCCUUUUUCAGUCUGUCUUGACGCAGGUGCAGGUGCUGUCUCUACUGGCUGUUCUUUUGACACACUUAUUGUCCCUUUUUAAUUGUUUAUUAUAUAGUAAAUCCAUUGUAGUCUUUCUGUAUGUUACAUGUAAAUAAAACUUUGACAAAACA